GGCAGAACAGCUGACAGUGAAGGUAUUCCCCUAAGUGAUGCUGUAUGUUCCCAUGCACGUGUUGUGGACACUCACUCUGUUUCUUGAAGAAACCCCAAAGUCUUUGGGAGCUGCCACUGUAGUGCAUUGUGUAGAAGUGCAAGUGCUCCCUGGAAAAAGGGGAACUGUCAGCAAACCAGAGGAAGAAACAUCAAGGGACUGGGAAGUGAGUGGGAUAGCAUGUGUUAAGCGGUUACGUUAACAGAAAAAUGUUUUUGUGCCUCACUGCUGGUGAGUAGUAGAGAGAGAGAAUGACUCUGGAUUCAAGCAGACUUAGUCAUGUUGGAAGUCUUUAGUUGUGAGUUUGUUGCUUUUGCUGGAACAGUUUGAGUGAGUGAGUACUGUGCAUAUUUGUUCCUGUGAUGAGAGUGUUGCGAUGAAUGUCUGAAGUCAUUGUGAAAGGAUUAAAUAAGUAAACUGCUCAUGCAAGCAAAGACCUGGAAGAGCAGUUGCGGUCUGUGUCCAGUGUGGAUGAACUCAUGACAGUACUUUACCCAGAAUACUGGAAAAUGUUCAAAUGUCAGUUGAGGAAAGGAGGUUGGCAACACAACAGGGAACACUCCAGCUUUGAAACAAGAUCAGAUGAUUCACUGAAAUUUGCCGCAGCACACUAUAAUGCAGAGAUCCUGAAAAGUAUUGAUACUGAAUGGAGAAAAACUCAGUGCAUGCCACGUGAAGUGUGUGUGGAUGUGGGAAAAGAGUUUGGAGCAACUACAAACACCUUCUUUAAACCCCCAUGUGUAUCCAUCUACAGAUGUGGAGGUUGCUGCAAUAGUGAAGGACUCCAGUGUAUGAAUAUCAGCACAAAUUACAUCAGCAAGACAUUGUUUGAGAUCACAGUGCCUCUCUCUCACGGCCCCAAACCUGUAACCGUCAGUUUUGCCAAUCACACGUCCUGCCGAUGCAUGUCGAAGUUGGAUGUUUACAGACAAGUUCAUUCUAUCAUAAGACGUUCCUUGCCAGCAACACAAACUCAGUGUCAUGUGGCAAACAAGACCUGUCCGAAAAAUCAUAUCUGGAAUAAUCAAAUUUGCAGAUGUUUGGCACAGCACGAUUUUGGUUUCUCUUCUCACCUUGGAGAUUCUGACACAUCUGAAGGAUUCCAUAUUUGUGGACCAAACAAGGAGCUGGAUGAAGAAACCUGUCAAUGCGUCUGCAAAGGAGGCGUGCGGCCCUCAAGCUGUGGACCUCACAAAGAAUUAGACAGAUCAUCGUGUCAGUGCAUGUGCAAAAACAAACUUCUCCCUGCUUCCUGUGGGCCCAACAAGGAAUUUGAUGAAGAUAAGUGCCAGUGUGUAUGUAAAAAGACCUGUCCUAAACAUCAGCCACUAAAUCCUGCAAAAUGCACCUGUGAAUGUAUAGAAUCUCCCAAUAAAUGCUUCUUAAAAGGAAAAAGGUUCCAUCACCAGACAUGCAGUUGUUACAGACCGCCGUGUACAGUCCGAACGAAACGCUGUGAUGCUGGAUUUUAUUUUAGUGAAGAAGUGUGCCGCUGUGUACCCACAUAUUGGAAAAGACCACUUAUGAACUAGUGAAGAGAGCACUACUUGCUAUUUUGGUGUACAUUUUUCCAUUAGAACAAAAGAGCAACAGAAACUUUGCUAAUAUUUGGAAUUAAAUGUUCACCAGAGACCCUGUGGGGCUUUCAGAGACAGACGCAUUGUGCUUUUCUCAAGAUGUGGAAAGCAAAUGUAGAAAAUAACUGGGGUUCAUAUUUUGUAAAGAACUCACUAAGGACUUAUUUUCUGCCAAUGACCAAACAGCCUAGGUUCUUCUUCUUGUGAUUUUUUUUUUUUAAAGAGAUAAUGACUAUAUAAUUUAUUUCCACUAAAACCAUUGUGCAGCAUUUCUGUUUAUAGCAGUAACAAUUGUUAAAGCUCACUGUGAUCAAUAUUUUUAUAUCAUGCAAAGUAUGUUUAAAAUAAAAUGGAAAUUGUAUUAUGUAAUGGUGAGAA